AUGCAAACUCUACACCCAAACAUGACAAGCCUGGCGCGGUUCACUGGCUGCCCUCUCAACCCGGGGGAGAGGAGCGGCGAACCCAGCGUGGCGCUGCCUUUGGCAGGGGAGCGCACGGGACUCCCCACUGGCACUUCCUUAAAACUCUGCCCCUCGCACUCUUUGCGAGACUACCCCGAGACGAGGUCCAGUGCAUUCGUUGACCACUCGCGCCCCCACUUUGCUGACCCGGGCUACAUAGAGCACAGCGGCCCCAGGGGCUUUGUCAUCGGAGGCGGCAUGCCACCGGGCACCGACCAGCUGGCAUCGUCCCGGGGGAACCAGCAUGGCGGCAUGGAGGCGCGCUACCGCGACUUCGCUGGCUGCAGGGACGCCAGAACAGGCGCGUUCUUCGCCAGCUACCAGGAGCAGGCCUCCGGCGGUGAGCCCGGUCAGAUGAUGGUGGGUCUACCUGGGGACCUCCUCACCAGGAGCCACCCGUACGGGGGCGCCGUAAGUCCCAAGGGGGGCGGUCGGCAGCUUGUCACUCAGCUCCUGGGACUUUACAAGCCCUUCGUGCACCGAGCUGGAGGAGGCGACACGCUCCGCAGGUGCGCUAAAGUCAAGAGCGAGCUGGUGUGCAAGUGGAGCGCGUCCGACGGGCCCGGUGGCAAGGCGGCGCCGUGCUCCAGAGCCUUCGGGACCAUGUACGAGCUGGUCAGCCAUGUGACUGUGGAGCACGUCGGCGGAGCAGAACAGGCCGAGUACGUGUGCUGGUGGGAGAGGUGCGCCCGAGAUAGGAAGCCCUUCAAAGCCAAAUACAAGCUGGUCAACCACGUCAGAGUCCACACAGGGGAGAAGCCCUUCCCGUGUCCCUUUCACGGCUGCGAGAAAGUCUUCGCCAGAUCGGAAAACCUCAAAAUCCACAAGAGGACGCACACAGGUGAAAAGCCUUUCAAAUGCGAAUUCGACGGGUGCGAUCGAAGGUUCGCCAACAGCAGUGACCGCAAGAAGCACUCGCACGUUCACUCCAGCGACAAGCCGUAUAUGUGCAAAGUGAGGGGCUGCGACAAGUGCUACACGCACCCGAGCUCUCUGCGCAAGCACAUGAAGCUGCACUGCAGUAAGGAGGCCCAAAGCGGCACCACCACCGCUUCUGCUUCGGCCGCUUCCGCCGACUCUCAUCCCGGCGAGUCCGAGUCCCCGUUGCUCAGCCCCAUCCACGACGUGACCUCCUUGUCCCCCGGGAGUCCGGACGACUCGAGGUCACGUCUCCCCCUCGGAUUCGACAACAGGUCGCAGCCCCUGCUGGACGCCUUGUUGCUCCAGAGAGGCUCCUAUAGUACCAGCACUACCAGCAGUCUCGGUGGCCCCAGAACCCAGUCCGCCCAGUACCAGGCCGCCCACGCUUACCAGCACCAGAGCCCUUCCUGCAGAACUUUCCCAUCGGCCCCACAUUUCCAGAAAGGUUUCGUCAACGGGUGGUACACAUGUCACAGUGGUGUGGACUCUUAA